AUGUAUUUGAGCAACAGAAACUAUGCAGACGGCGAAAAGAAGAAGAAGAAGAGCACAAGAGGAAAGAUGUUAUGGAAGGGGGCUCAGAAGAGGGUAGCUCCAAUAACCUACCGAGAGCUUCACCUCCAGCUCCCCCAAAAGAUGGAAAAGAAUGAGCAAACGCAGGAGAGGAAACAGGAGGACAAGGAGAUCCGGGCUGAGGAUCAGGAGGAGGAGAAGAAGCGUACGGUGCUUGAGAAGGCCCUGUACGACCUGACUCAUUCAGAGCGGGUGAUGAAUGAUCUGACGUUUGGACGAAGGGUGGCGCUGUAUGAGCUGAGGGGCGAGAUUGGCUCUGGCAACUUUUCCCAGGUCAGACUUGGGAUUCAUGACUUAACCAAAGAGAGAGUGGCUGUAAAGGUCUUGGAUAAGGGGCAUCUGGACAAGAGAGCUCAUGGACUGUUUGCAUCAGAGAUCUCCUGCAUGGAGAAGCUGGCCCACCCUAAUAUAAUACGCCUGUACGAGGUGGUGGAGACCUUCAAACGACUGUAUUUAGUGAUGGAGUAUGCCAGUGGAGGAGACUUGUUCUCUCGGAUUACCACCAAGGGGCGCCUGCUAGAUCUGGAGAGCAAGCUCAUCUUUGCACAGGUCCUGUCAGCAGUUAAAUACAUGCACGAUAACCACGUUAUCCACAGAGACCUAAAAGCAGAGAAUGUCUUCUACACCACAAACUACCACAUUAAAGUGGGGGACUUUGGGUUCAGUGUGACCUGUAGCCCCAGUGAUGUCCUUAACACCUUCUGUGGCUCGCCGCCCUACGCAGCCCCCGAGCUGUUCAAAGAGAAGGCCUUUGUCGGUCAUUUUGCGGAUAUCUGGGCCCUGGGCGUCUUGCUUUACUUCAUGGUGACAGCCACCCUGCCAUUCAACGCUUCUAACAUGGGCAGACUUAGGUGCUGCAUCCUGCAGGGCUCCUAUGCCAUACCUGAUAAUGUACCUGAGUCAUGUCAGGAGAUCAUCAAGGGCAUGCUGAAGCCUGUGCCACAUGAUCGCCUUGGCAUGGACCAGAUCAUGUCCAGCGAAUGGCUGAGGGGCAUUGAGUACCCCCAGGCUUACCCCACCCACAGCCUCACACCCUCCCACCUGGCGAAGGCCGUCCACAUCCUCAGCUCCGACGAACUGGAUGUCAAGGCAGCGCUGGAGGACUUGGGUAUUACAGAGAUGCAUCUGCUCAACAAUAACUGCCCAGACCUGAGAAGCCCCAUCACGGGAGCCUACAGGAUUUUGUUGCACCGCAUCCAAAAAAGGAAGUCAGUGGAAGCUAUGUGCUACAGCAUCAAGAGCCCCAAGGACUCCCAGAAAAGAUGGACAGGAGUUAUGCACCCAACAGGACUGGUGAACGGGCGGCCCUCUGUGGUCUGUAUCAUCAUGUAG